AGUCUGUGUGGCUCACCUUAGUCGGACAAACAUCUGGAUUUGUGACAUUCAUCACUGGUGAUUUGGACGUUUUUCGCUUAUGGCGGCAUCUUCAUACAUCCUCAUCAUAGCUGCUCUUGCUGUCAGCCUGUGUUCUGCAAAUGGACUUUAUCUUGCUGAGACCGCUGGUGUUCUACAAAGCCUCGAACUAGCAGGUAGAGAAACACCCGAAGUUGGUAAGACGACAGGACUCCCUGAAACAAGUAGUGAGAUCGACAAACAAACUACUGAGAAGCCAGAGUACACGUCAUCACCGCCAAUUACUGAGGAAAACACCUCUGAUCCUGCUGAGACCACAAAUCUCCCAGAAACCACCAAUCCAGUGAAUAUAGUAACACCUGAAGUUAGUGAGACUACUAAAGAAACCACAAGUCCAGAAAUUACAUUAACACCUGAGGUUGGUGAGACUACUAAACUACCUGAAACUACUGCUGAGAUCAACAUAGAAACCACAGAGAACCCAGAGAUCACGUCACUACCGCAAACUACUGAGGCAAACACUUCUGAUCCUGCUGAGACCACCAAUGUCCCAGAAACCACCAAUCCAGAAAGUACAUUGACACCAGAGGUUGGUGAAACUACUGGAAUACCUGAAACUACUGCUGAGAUCAACACAGGAACUCCAGAGAACCCAGAGACCACGUCAGUACCCCAAACUACUGAGGCAAACACUUCUGAUCUUGCUGAGACCACUAAUGUGCCCGAAACCACCAAUCCAGAAAGUACAUUGACACCAGAGGUUGGUGAAACUACUGGACUACCUGAAACUACUGAUGAGAUUAACACAGGAACCCCAGAGAACCCAGAGACCACGUCACUACCCCAAACCCCUGAGGCAAACACUUCUGAUCCUGCUGAGACAACCAAUGUCCCAGAAACCACCAAUCCAGAAAGUACAUUGACACCUGAGGUUGGUGAAACUACUGCUGAGAUCAACACAGGAACCCCAGAAAAUCCAGAGACCACGUCACUACCGCAAACUACUGAGGCAAACACUUCUGAUCCUGCUGAGACCACCAAUGUCCCAGAAACCACCAAUCCAGAAAGUACAUUGACACCUGAGGUUGAUGAAACUACUAGACUACCUGAAACUACUGCUGAGAUCAACACAGGAACUCCAGAGAACCCAGAGACCACAUCACUACCCCAAACUACUGAGGCAAACACUUUUGACCCUGCUGAGACCACCAAUGUCCCAGAAACCACCAAUCCAGAAAGUACAUUGACACCUGAAGUUGGUGAAACUACCAGACUACCUGAAACUACGGCUGAGAUCAACACAGGAACUCCUGAGAACCCAGAGACCACGUCACUACCCCAAACUACUGAGGCAAACACUUCUGAUCCUGCUGAGACCACCAAUGUCCCAGAAACCACCAAUCCAGAAAGUACAUUGACACCUGGGGUUGGUGAAACCACUAGACUACCUGAAACUACUGCUGAGAUCAACACAGGAACUCCAGAGAACCCAGAGACCACACUACCCCAAACUACUGAGGCAAACACUUCUGAUCCUGCUGAGACCACCAAUGUCCCAGAAACCACCAAUCCAGAAAGUACAUUGACACCUGAGGUUGAUGAAACUACUAGACUACCUGAAACUACUGCUGAGAUCAACACAGGAACUCCAGAGAACCCAGAGACCACAUCACUACCCCAAACUACUGAGGCAAACACUUCUGAUCCUGCUCAGACCACAAAUGUCCCAGAAACCACCAAUCCAGAAGGUAUAUUGACACCUGAAGUUGGUGAAACUACCAGACUACCUGAAACUACUGCUGAGAUUAACACAGGAACCCCAGAAAACCCAGAGACCACGUCACUACCGCAAACUACUGAGGCAAACACUUCUGAUCCUGCUGAGGCCACCAAUGUCCCAGAAACCACCAAUCCAGAAAGUACAUUGACACCGGAGGUUGGUGAAACUACUAGACUACCUGAAACUACUGCUGAGAUCAACACAGGUACUCCAGAGAACCCAGAGACCACAUCACUACCCCAAACUACUGAGGCAAACACUUCUGAUCCUGCUCAGACCACAAAUGUCCCAGAAACCACCAAUCCAGAAGGUACAUUGACACCUGAAGUUGGUGAAACUACCAGACUACCUGAAACUACUGCUGAGAUUAACACAGGAACCCCAGAAAACCCAGAGACCACGUCACUACCGCAAACUACUGAGGCAAACACUUCUGAUCCUGCUGAGACCACCAAUGUCCCAGAAACCACCAAUCCCACAGAGCCACAAACCCCAGGGGAGCCAACAACAACUAUUGAACCCUUUCAUUGCCAGAACGGUGGAAUUUUCACAGGCAGUGGCUGCAAGUGUCCGAGUGGGUUUGAUGGAAAGUCUUGUGAGACAGUUAAAACCAUCACGGCAGAUCUCCUCGACAGAGCGGUUGAGGUCAUCGUAGUGCUCAAUGAUGACUACAACGCCAACUAUGAAGAUGUGACUUCCGAUGAUUACAAAGCAUUUGUCGGGAACUUUUCAGACAAGAUGGGAGACUUUUACAAAAAAAAAAACCUACCAAACUUUAAAAAAGUUCUGGUAACGAAAGUGAGCCAAGCAUCCACCAAGCAUUUUUCGAGACGAUCAGCCUCUGAUGUGACAAAGGUGAGAUUAGCAGCUGACGGACUGGCUAGUCACAGAGUUACACCAACAACAGCAGGCAUCAGUGUACUUCAUGAUGUAGUGGUGCUGGUCCCAAACAACGGCAGCAAUGAUGACACAUACAACAAAAGCGUGGCAGACGUUACUCAGAUUGCUCAGGGGCUGGUUAGCUGCACGCCAAGUUGUCCUUUCAACAUCACAGAGACGCCCAAAGUGGAUAAAACACCAUUGAAUUUGGACACGUAUUGCAGCUCUAUCAUCGAAGAUCCAGACUUAGCUGAGCUCUACUUAGCUAUGAAGAUCAACAACAAAAUUGUGUGUCUCACCCAAUGCGACGUCCACCGUCCGGAUCGUAAAACAUGCUUUAACAGAGGAACGUGCAAAGUUUUCAGGAAUGUUGGAGCUAUUUGCAAGUGUCCUGAUUUGACGUCCUAUUGGUACUUGAACACCGACUGCCGUAUGCCAAUCCAAACAACAGCCUUCUACGCCGGUUUGACUGUCACUCUGGCGUGUCUCCUGGCGACUGUGGUGGGCUUGACUGUGUAUUUGUCCAUCAACAAGCAAAGGAAAAAAGACAUUAAAAAGAAGCAGGUAAACAAGUGGUUCAACGAGGAUUUGGAGUGGUCUCGAUCUGACAAACUCUCAACGGGCACCUACAAUGCUGGACACAUCAACCCAUCGUUCCAGUACGAGGCCCCAACAGAAACCAUCCCAUGCACCCAACUCGACAGCACGCUGACUACAGAGAGUCCGUCCCAGCUAUAAGCAUGAACAGGCUGGACGAGGCGUCCCAACUACCAGACACCGAAUUGUACCACAACAGAUACCCCCACUCUGUUGGACAUGACCAUACCAAUGAAUACCAUCCCUCCAGUCAACCGAUGAGAAUCCACAGACCUCAGAUCAGGACAUCCUGGGACGCCUGAUGAUGAAUGCAUUAUUCUACAAACAACCACCUUACUAAAUAUUAUUUGUCAGCCAGUGAUGAUCAAUACCUAAAAGUCUUGCUCCUCAAAAACAAC